AGCGGCUCCACGACAAUUGGCCCGUUCAUCUUCUAUCUCCAACGGGAAUCACGAAGUUAUCACAUUCUAUAAUUCAGGAAACCGGAUUGCUACAAAUCAUAGAGAGAGAGAAUCAGAGGGAGGAGAGAGAGAGAAUCAGAGGGAGGAGAAAGAGAAUCAGAGGGAGGAGAGAGAGAGAUGGCAGAGUGCUCUCACUUGAUGGGGGUGAGCAGCACUCUCUGCAGAACAUACAAGAACGCCAAGUGCUAUCUUUUCCCUGCCUCGUCUUCCUUUCUCUCUCAUUCGCUCCCAAUUUGCCACCGGUCUAUCUCAAACUCACAUUCUCUCUAUAGCCAUGGUGGGGGAGAAAGAGACAGUUGCAGGGUGGUUCCGAUGGCUAUGGCGGCUUCGUUUGGGUCGAGGCUAGAGGAGAGCGUCAAGCGAACAGUGGUCGAGAACCCCAUUGUCAUUUACUCCAAGACUUGGUGCUCGUACUCUAUGGAGGUGAAGUCUCUGUUCAAGAGGCUUGGAGUGGAACCACUGGUUAUCGAGUUAGAUGAGUUGGGUUCCCAAGGGCCACAAUUGCAAAAAGUGUUGGAAAGGCUCACUGGACAAUUCACAGUUCCUAAUGUUUUUAUUGGUGGCAAGCACAUUGGCGGUUGCACUGAUACUGUGAGAUUGUACCGAAAAGGAGAGCUUGCCACUUUACUGUCAGAAGCUGGUGUUAAGAACAUUCAGAGCUCACAACUUGGAGGGUAGGGUGUAUGAAACAAGGAGAUGCAUGGCAAGCCAUACCCGAGAGAUUUCAUGCAACUUUCUCACUGUAAAUACUCUGAUCUAAAGAUACUAGGUGUAUAUGAAAUCUUUAAACAUAUUUAUUGGCAGUUUGGCACUAGCGCUCAUAAUUUGUUAGUUGUGUUUGUGAAUGAUUAAUGGACUGAAGAUAUGACUUGUUUUUCUUAAA